UGACCUGUUAGCACUCACCAGGCCAAUAAAGUGCGGGCAGAAUGACAGUGACAGCUGCCCAGUGGUGUUCAGAGGGACCUGAGCAGUUCAGUUCCCUGGCCUCAGGGACAAGGGUAUCAUUACGGCCCCGCUGCUCGGAGAGAAGCUGCUUCAACCCAGCCUGGGGAACGGCCAGGCUGUAGCCACGGCAGGGAGCCCCAUCCCCACCUUCAGGGCAGAGGAGAGAAGAGGAAAGGCAGGUAAAUGGGAGCCAGGCAGUCCGGUGGCCGUUGCAAGGACAAGGGGACUGGGCUCCUGCGGGGGAGGCAGAAGUCCUUCCCGUGGGAAGAUGCCCUGCUCCCGGGGAGGGACCCGCGGUGUCUGCUGAAGCAGGGCCUGCGGCAUGUCAGUUUCAGCUUGGUCACCAAGGGCAUGACGGACGCGCCCGACUUCCUGUGGGGCCUCUCGGAAGUGCAGAAGCUCAACCUGUCCCACAACCAGCUCCGGGCCCUGCCGCCCGAGGUGGGGAAGCUGACACGGCUGGUGGUCCUGAACUUGUGCGGGAACCGCCUGAAGAGCCUGCCUCGGGAGGUCAGCCUCCUGCAGAACCUCAAGGUCCUGUUCGUCCACAUGAACUGCCUGACGGAGCUACCGGCUGAGCUGAGUGCCUGCAAGAACCUGGAGGUCCUGAGCCUGUCGCACAACUGCCUGUCCCAGCUCCCCGCCAGCUUCGCCGACCUCUCCAGACUGCGGAAGCUGAACCUCAGCCACAAUCGCUUCGUCCACAUCCCCGUCUGCGUCUUCUCGCUCCGAGAGCUGGAUUUCCUGCACGUGGGCUCCAACCGCCUGGAGAACAUCGCCGAGAGCAUCCAGUGCCUGGCCAGCCUGCAGAUCUUCAUCGCCGAGAGCAACAGCAUCCGCGCCUUCCCGCGCUCCCUCUGCCUGCUCACGAGCCUGGAGCUGCUGAACGUGAGCAACAACCACAUCCAGACCCUCCCAGACGAGCUCUACCUGCUGUGCAGACUGACUCGGAUCGCCUGGAACCCCAUGGACAAAGGGCUCCACAUUUCCCGUAACCCUUUAGCCAAGCCUCUCCCGGAGCUGGUGGAGGGGGGUCUGGAGAUGCUCUUCAGCUACCUAAAGGACAAAAAACACCCCUGACGUGGGAGCCAGGGGCACCGCCAGGCCCUGCCAGCUGUGCACCUCCCUCGUCUAACCGUCCUCUUCCUGCUCUGGUGGUCAGUGCUUGUGUUGCGACUUGCUGCAUCGUACUGAACGCCCGCCCCAGGGAGGAGCUUGCUUGCAGCUCUGUAUCUUCCUAAUCACCUGUAAUAUUACGUUCCUCUCCUUCUAAACAUAAACUGAAAGAGAACCUGUGUUUUCUCCAAAGAGAAAUAAUUCUGAUUCUCUGAGAACCAUGGGACUCAGGCUUCGGAAGAGGGUACAGUAGGUCUGAUUCAAUAUCCCUCCAAAGUGAAAUAUUUGCUCAGGAUGUGCCGUGUGGGCCAAAGCGCGAGAGGAGGCAUCGACACCGUCCAGUUUCAGCCCCUGAAUCGGCGACCUGCAGCAAGGCAGCCACAGCAAGACAUGCCCCCACGUCAGCCUCCAUGAAGCGUCACUGGGACCAAAGAGCCAGCUGGGGCCCUGCUGUCCUGGCGACGACCAAAUCAAGUAGACCUUCCCCGCGAGUUCUGCGGGAAACAAUCACAAGAACUUUGUCUCUAAAAUGACGGUAGAGUCACAAUCGAGUCGCUCGUGUGGACGUCUGGUGGUGAGUGACGGGGAUAGAGUGUGACGGCUUUCAGGAAAUAAACACAAGCCAGUGUUAACUGCCCAGUCCUCCUCUUGCACCUCCAGUCACAUCCCUGAGCUUUUCUAGAGACACCUGCCGGUGGCUACAUUCUCCUAAUUUCACUCCUCCUCCUCCCUUACUAGACCUGCCGUCUCAGUGAUGAGCUAGUAAUCAGGGAAGAAAUGGCCAAGAGGCAGGAAAGAGGAGAGAAGGUGUGGACUAGCCAGACAAAAUAGCCAGGACCCUUGCACAUUCAGAGGAGGGUAGUAUUUGCCACUUGGCUGUCACAUAUGGAUUUUUAAAAAUGAGUCUGGUCACAUUAAA